AUCACUUCUGUGUUGAGGGGGAGUCAUCGUAUGCAAGGGCCAUUAGAGGAAACUCAGAAGAAGUAUAUGGUGAGGAGAAAGGGUAAUUUACAUGCUUGGGAGAAACCUUCUGGUUUGUGUAAGGAGACACUGAGCAUUCCAGUUGAAGAAAUAGUCUCUCCUGGACUGGAACCAUCACAGGCUGAAAAAGGAAUAGGCAAGCCUUCCAUGAGACAGAAGGUUCGUACCAGAGCUGAGUCUGGGACGUGUAAUGUGUGCUCCGCCCCUUGUUCAUCUUGCAUGCAUCUUAAGCUAGCCUGCAUGGGAUCAAAGGGUGAUGAGUUUUCUGAUGAAACCUGUCGUGUAACUGCAUCGAGUCAGUAUUCUAAUAACGAUGGUGAUGGUUUAGUCUCUUCUAAAAGUAGAGCACGUGACAGCUUACAGCAUACCACUAGUGAAGCAAGCAACCUGCUCAGUGUCAGUUCAAGUCAUGAUUCUCUGUCUGAAAAUGCAGAAAGUAAAGCAAACAUAAGGUCAUCUGAUGCUGAUGCCUCAGCUGAUUCUCAGAUGCUUCCAAAGCUGUCCUCUGGUAGAGCUGUUGCAGAGGAUCAGUUUUCUCUGAAACCACAGUGUCUUUCAGAUCAGAAAGCUUUCUCAAAGAAGCAUGGGGAUUUUAAAUCUGAAGAGGGCCAUGAUGAUAACAUGUCAUGUGUUAGUAGAGCUGUUGAUACAAGCAAAGUGGUUAGUUAUCCUAACAAGAAUUUAGACAGGAAUAAUUUAUUGCGCAGUUCAGCUUUAGAAGUGGAAGGAUCUGGAAAGGCACUAUUUUCUCACAAAUCAGACUCAUUGGAGACUCCUUCAAAUGAUGCUGAUGCUGGUAGUAGCUCACCAAAGGUCCAGACUAAGUGCCUUUCCUUGAAUGCAAAUGGUAAACGUUUCGAUGAAGAUCCAUCUUUACAUGACCAUGGAAAACCAUUUGAAUGUCCAAUGGAACAGGUCAAUCUGUCAUUGUCAAAAAAAGCAGCAUCUAAUAUUGAUUGUGGCAGCAACUUGGCUGCACACAACAAUGCUGAUAAUGAUGCAAAUGGUAAAAGUACCAUUAAUGCAGAUAGUUCCAAGGUUUCAUGCAAAAUCUAUUCAAAAUUAGAAUCAGAGGCUGACAAGGAUAGUGGGGACCAAUCAGAUAAGGGUUUUAAAUGUCCUGACCAAGGUGGACUAGAAGAGAAGUUGAACGAGUCAGAUGAGUUAACGGAUACGCAGGAGCCUCCUUUGCAAUCUGCAUCCGGUGACGAGAGUGACGAGUCUGAAAUUCUGGAACAUGACGUAAAAGUAUGUGAUAUUUGUGGGGAUGCAGGUCGGGAGGAUUUGCUUGCUAUAUGUAGUAGGUGUGCUGAUGGUGCAGAACACACCUAUUGUAUGCGAGAGAUGCUUCAGAAACUUCCUGAAGGUAAUUGGCUAUGUGAAGAAUGCAAGUUGGCUGAGGAAACUGAAAAUCAAAAGCAAGAUCCUGAGGAAAAAAGAACAAAUGUAGCAAAUACACAAAGCUCUGGCAAGAGACAUGCAGAACCUAUAGAGCUGGCUUCAGCACCCAAAAGGCAGGUUACUGAAUCAAGUUUGGCAUCACCCAAGUCAUGCAGUCCUAGCAGAAUAGCUGCGGUAUCACGUGAUACUUCAUUCAAGAGCUUAGAUAAGGGAAAAGCAAAGAUAGCUCAACAAACAUCUUUUGGCAGUCGCUCCAGUAUUGAUAUUCCGGAAAAUGUACGCCCUUCUUUGAAUGGACCACGUGUUCAAACCUCCAAGGGUAAGAAUCAGAGCCUUGUCCAUAUUCUUACUGUACAAUGCAUAGAGCGAGGUCCAAUUUACACUUAG